CGCACAUUCGUCUGCUUGUGAGAGCGAGCAGAUUCUGGGGUGCGUCAAAUCGAGAUUCAAGCACACGACAUCUCGCACAGCACAACGGAGGGCGGGAUGAAGCGAGCUGGUGGUGUGAGAAAAAGAACUUGCAAGACCAGAGAACUGACGAGGCCUUCUUCGUUCUGGAAGUGCUAUGGAAAUGUCUCCUUGUCGGAGCUCGUAUCGAAGGUCAUGGAAGCCAGGGUUUUUCCCUGUUAAUUGGCAUGCAUCCCCCUGGUCAUUUGUACAAAAUCUGGAUGACAGGGGCCACCAAACCAUCAUCUGAACGCUCAUAUCUUGUUCUAGGACUGCGGAUAGGACUGUUCGAGUAUCCUUCAAACAAGACUUUUACCCCAUAAACACUUUAGCAUACAUGCUGCUUGGCUCUUCGAAUCACUACCGUGGCCCUUGAGAUCCCGUCUGAGAGUACCAUCACCACCUAGCACACGGGAAACCAGAUGGCAAGACUAGCCAGUCAAGGGACAGAAUUCAACUCAAUAGAGACUGAGAUACUCAAUCUGGAUAAUCUAUGCCGUGGUUCAUGUGAUUAAUACCUGUUGAUGACCAUCCUGCAGAAUGUCAUGCUUGAUUGCAAAAAAACCGGCAAUCAAAGACGCUACUAUACACAACCAUGGCGCAUCGUGAUUCCUUUAGCACCGUAUGGUGAGCAGGGAAGAAUCUUGCUUCUUCGCCCCACGCUCAGUGCUGGGCACUAGGGAAGGGUCACUGAACAGCAAAGACUUGGAUGGUUAUACUUUACUCCCCUGUAUACCCUUCACGGCCACUUGCUUCUCAGCUGAGCAGUGGCUGUUGGUGUCUUCCCUCCGGAUAGACAGGGAAGAGUAUGUCUAUAUAAACCGUCAUGGAUAACCUCGAGGAAAGGUCAGAGAGCCAGCAGCCUUCCCUCAAUCUUCCCAAUCCCACCCCUUAAUUACCUUUUGGGCAGAAUAACCCCUAUCUCCCCCCACCAUCAGACACCAUGCAUGGACUUAUGCUUGCGGGGCUGUUGGCUCUCCCUUUGAGUGUGCUUGGUCACCCUACUGAGUCACACAGCUCUGGCAUAAGCCGAAGGGCCAUUGAUAUUACUUCAUAUCGCCUUCCCCAGAUAUCCAAAUAUACCAAGAGCGACGCCGUUCCUAAGCAGGAUGGUGAGAGCUUCACUACCUCGAGCACUGGGAAUGACAAUUCCAGCUCUGGUGACUACGUUACUACAGCCACCAACUGGUUAAAAAAGACCCUUCCAAAGGCAACUUACCGCCUUGUCAAGGAUCACUAUAUUGGUGAUAGCGGAAUUGGCCAUGUGCACUUCCGUCAGACUGCUCACGGAAUUGAUAUUGACAACACCGAUUUCAAUGUUAACAUUGGUCGUGACGGAAAGGUCUUUUCCUUCGGAAACUCCUUUUAUGAUGGAGAGAUCCCCAAGGCCAACCCAAUGGUCAAGCGUGACUUCUCAGACCCCGUCAAUGCUUUGCAUGGAGCAAUUCAAAUUUUGAAUCUUCCUGUCACCGCCAAGCCCGAAAAUGUCAAGGCGAAGCCUGUUGAGGGUAAGGAGAACUUCAAGUUUGAAGGUACCUCGGGAGCCCUUUCCGAUCCCAAGGCCCAACUUGUCUACCUGCAGAAGGACGGUGGCCUAGUUCUCAGCUGGAAGGUUGAGACUGAUGUUGGUGACAACUGGCUACUCACAUAUGUUGAUGCAAACAAGAACGACAAAGUCCACUCUGUCGUUGACUACGUUUCAGCUGCCGAAUACCAAGUAUAUCCUUGGGGUAUCAAUGACCCUACUGAGGGAAACCGAACCACCCUUCACCUUCCCUGGCUCAAAACUCUGUCUACUGACUGGCACAUUGAUGGCAAAGGCUGGUACUCAACUACUCGGGGCAAUAAUGCUAUUGCUCAGGAGAACCCUACCGGCGGUCCUGAAUACGAAAACAACUACCGCCCAAAGAGCCCUCUGUUUAUCUUCAAGUAUCCAUACAGUAAAGCAAUGACCCCUCCAUCAUCGUAUAGAGAUGCAUCCAUCACCCAGCUAUUCUAUACCACUAAUGUUUACCAUGAUGUGCUUUACAUCCUUGGCUUCAACGAGAAAGCAGGAAACUUCCAGAUUAACAACUGGAACAAAGGUGGUGUUGGAGGAGACUAUGCUAUCCUUAACUCCCAAGAUGGAUCUGGCGUAAACAACGCCAACUUUGCUACCCCUCCCGAUGGUCAGCCAGGACGUAUGAGAAUGUACACCUGGAACGCUUCUAUUCCAGAGCGUGACGGCUGCUUCGAAGCUGGCAUUGUCAUCCAUGAGUACACUCAUGGAGUCUCCAACAGACUUACUGGAGGUCCAGAGAACUCUCGCUGCUUGGCUGCUCUUGAAUCUGGUGGUAUGGGCGAGGGAUGGAGUGAUUUCUUUGCUACCGCUAUCCGCCUAAAGCCUGGAGAUACCCGUGCUACUGACUAUACCAUGGGCGAGUGGGCAUCCAACCGACCAAACGGCAUCCGCAAAUACCGCUACUCCACCAGCCUUACCACUAACCCGCAUAUGUACGUUGAUGCCGAUGGCUUGACCUCCGUCCAUGCCAUUGGUAACAUUUGGGCUUCUAUGCUCUACGAGCUUCUCUGGAACUUGAUCGAUAAGCACGGCAAGGGAGACGUCACUAAGAUCAGGCCAGUCCUGAAGAAUGGUGUCCCGACUGACGGCCGCCACCUCGCUAUGAAGAUUGUUCUCGACGGCAUGGCCCUGUUAGUAUUCCUAUACUUAACUAUACUUGCUUAUCACCAGUAAUGCAUGCUAACAUCCAACUCUCCAGUCAACCAUGUCUCCCCAACUUUGUUCAAGCCCGUGACGCCAUCCUCGACGCUGACAAGAACCUCACCCAGGGCUCCAACAAGUGUGAGAUCUGGAAGGCAUUUGCUAAGCGCGGUCUUGGUGUUGGCGCUGUCUUCAACCUGUCCAAGCGAACCGGAAGCAACGAGCUUCCUGCUGGCUGCUGAGGGACGCACUCUGUUUAUAGAUUAGAUUAAAAGAAAGUUUGAAAAUCCGAUCUGAUAAGAGAUUAACUUUAUGCUUAUAUAAUAG